UGGUGUGACUGUCUACAAAAGCUCAGAAUUUCCCCGAAGCUGCAGCUGCAGCAGCCACAAGCAGCAGCUUCUCGAAGUUGCUGCAACUAAGGCCAGAACUGAUCCAAGCCAUGCUUGUGCUUACACAGCAUGGGCAGGAAGUUUGGAGAAAGAAACCCUUCAGUCCUGAGGUCUCUCCAGACCCACCCCAUGUCACUGCAGCCCACCUGCUUUACGUCUGUACCCUCUUCCUGACCUUGCUCAACUUGGCCCAAGGCUCCAGAGGUUCCAUGGUACCUGACAAGCCGUUCAUCACUGUUUGGAAUGCAGACACUUACUGGUGCCUGAAGAGUUAUGGAGUGGAUGUGGAUGUCAGUGUGUUUGACGUGAUUGCCAACAAGGAGCAGAGCUUUCAAGGCCUUAACAUGACAAUUUUCUACAACUGGCAGUUGGGCACCUACCCCCACUAUACAGCCACCGGGGAAGCCGUAUAUGGUGGCCUGCCCCAGAAUGCCAGCCUGGUUACCCACCUCGCUCACGCAUUCCAGGACAUCAAGGCUGUCAUGCCUGAACCUGACUUCUCAGGACUGGCAGUCAUUGACUGGGAGGCAUGGCGCCCACGAUGGGCCUUCAACUGGGACAGCAAGGACAUUUAUCGACAGCGCUCAAUGGCACUUGUCCAGGCAGAACACCCUGACUGGCCAGAAACUUCAGUGGAGGCAGUAGCUCAGGACCAGUUCCAGGAAGCUGCACAGGCCUGGAUGGCAGGCACCCUCCAGCUGGGGCAGGUACUGCGUCCUCGUGGCCUCUGGGGCUACUAUGGCUUCCCUGACUGCUACAACUACGACUUCCUAAGUUCCAAUUACACAGGCCAGUGCUCACUAAACAUCCGUGAUCAGAAUGACCAGCUAGGGUGGUUAUGGAACCAGAGCUAUGCCCUCUAUCCCAGUAUCUACUUGCCUCCGGCACUGAUGGGCACAGGGAAGGCACAGUUGUAUGUUCGACACCGUGUACAAGAGGCAUUCCGUGUAGCUAGCGCUUCCAGAGACCCCAGUGUGCCCAUACUGCCCUACGUCCAGAUCUUCUAUGAAAUGACAGGUCAUCUCCUGUCCCUGGAGGAGCUGGAACAGAGCAUUGGGGAGAGCGCAGCUCAGGGAGCAGCAGGUGUGGUGGUCUGGGUGAGCUCAAAAAAUACAUCUACCAAGGAAUCAUGCCAGGUCAUUAAAGAGUAUAUGGAUUCCACACUUGGCCCUUUCAUCAUGAACGUGACCAGUGCAGCUCUUCUCUGCAGUGAAGCUCUGUGUUCCGGCCACGGUCGCUGUGCCCGCCACCCCAGUUAUCCUGAGGCUCUGCUCACCCUCAACCCGGCCAGUUUUUCCAUUCAGCUAACACGUGAUGGCAGGCCCCCAAGCCUCCAUGGUGCCCUCACACUUAACGAUCGGGCAAAGAUGGCUAUGAAAUUCAAGUGUCGCUGCUACCGUGGAUGGCAUGGAAAGUGGUGUGAGAAGCAGGGUGGUGACAUUCCGGGCACGGAGGACUUAGGAGGAGGUACGCCGUCGCCGGGGAAGACUGCUGUGAGUCCUCCGUACGGCUGGGACCAGCGUAGGCAAACCGAGGAAUCGGAGCCAGAGACCGCGAGAUACCGAACCGUGCGCAGGCUGGACGCGGACCAUCCCGGAACUCGGCUUUAACAUGUUUCCAUCUUUGUGGCACGACCAUGCAGCUAGGCCUAACCCUGGUGGUGGGGGUAGCCCUGUGCUUGGUGUAUGGCCAGUCUUUGCCGCAGGUUCCUGAGCGUCCCUUUUCUGUGCUGUGGAAUGUACCCUCAGCAAGAUGUAAGG